AUGCUGGACCGCGAGCGCGGCUGGAGCGUCUCGUUCGCCGGCUGCGGCUUCCUGGGCGUCUACCACAUCGGCGCGGCCACCUGCCUGCAGCAGCACGCGCCGCACAUCAUCCGCGACGCGCGGCACAUCUACGGCGCCUCCGCGGGCGCGCUGGCCGGCGCCGUGCUCGUCGGCGGCGGAUCGCUGGCUGAAGCAUGUGCAGAUGUUCUCGCAUUAGCUAAAGAAGCUAGAAAGCGAAAUCUUGGUCCCCUUCAUCCUUCAUUUAAUGUGAUAAAGAUAAUAAGAGAUGGACUAAUGAAAAAUCUUCCAGAAAACACUCAUCAGUUGUCAUCAGGCCGGCUGUGUAUUUCACUAACCAGAGUGUCAGAUGGUAAAAAUGCAUUGAUAUCUAAUUUUGACUCUAAAGAAGAAGUUGUCCAGGCUUUAAUCUGUAGUUCGUUUGUUCCUAUUUAUUGUGGCAUAAUUCCACCAUCAUUUAGAGGUGUGCGCUAUGUGGAUGGAGGCAUCAGUGACAACUUACCUCACUACGAGUCCAAGAACACCAUCACGGUUUCGCCUUUUGCCGGGGAGUGUGAUAUCUGCCCCAAAGGGAACUCUGCCAACUUCCACGAGAUGAACGUGACCAACACCAGCAUCCAGUUUAGUCUGGGGAACCUCUAUCGUUUAACACAAGCGCUCUUUCCACCAGAGCCUAAGGUCCUAGGAGAGAUCUGUGAGCAAGGAUACUCAGAUGCUCUUAAAUUCUUAAGAGAGAAUGGUAUUCUGAGUGACUCAAUUUAUGUCACCUUGUCCUUUACAAAAAGAAGUCCUCAGGAGGCUCUGCAGUGCAUUGACCGUGUAAACAAGAAAAGUGUGUCGGAAAGUAGUGGAACAGAAGCUCUCAAAGCUGAAGCACUUAACGACCAGCUGAAGCAGAAUCCAUGGCCUUUAGACAAGAGCAUAUUUGAGAGUCUUCCUCCCAGGCUUCGUAAAGCCUUGCAAGAAGCUUGUCAAGAGCAGAGCGGAUUCUAUGCCCAGGUCUCUAAACUCUUCCCAGUGCGGGUGAUGUCCUACCUGAUGCUGCCAUAUACGCUGCCAGUGGAGUCUGCUUAUUCCCUGGCUUUACGGUUAGUAAACUGGUUUCCUGACAUUCCUGAUGAUGUUCGAUGGAUGCAAGAGCAGCUUUGCCAGAUUGCUGGUACAGUUUAUUCCCGGGCUAAAAGCAAGCUCUUCUGUGCAUUCAGGAAAGACAACUAUGCACCGCUAAGAAAAUGUCAAACUGUCCCUUCUACUGUGGAAUUUCAUUCUUCAUACUGUCAUCUUAAAACACCUCACUCUUCUGCAGACCUUGAAAGCUGGCUCUGGGACUCUUCCUACUUCAUACAUUCAACUUUGAAACAUGCUUCUGUUAACAUAAAGCAGCAUUCAGAUGUGGAUUCCUAUCCUAAUUUUCUCCCAAAUUCGGAUGAAUCUGAGUUAGAUUUUGACUCUUCCUCAGAGAAGAGUUACCAAACUGCUCCAGAAUAUUAGUUUGGAAAUAGUUUCCUCAGCUUUCAAAAUUCCAAUUUGGCAGGGAUAUGCAAAUCCUAAAGGAUUAAAGCUUACUUUUAAAUUGCCAAUAAGUCUAGGAAAAUUUUGUUUACAGCUACAUGGCAAAUCUGCCUUUGGAAUUCUACUGUUCUAAGGAUUGUAAUAGCAGUGGUUACUAUAUGAAGUAGCAGACUAGACUUUUCUUACAUCACCAGCACAAUGAUCCACGCUAGCAGUGUCUCUGGAAAUAAAUCCAUUUUCAGCAUAAGAACUCUUUGAACAGCUUGUUAGAUAAAGUCAUAGCAAAGAGCGUUUUAAAAGUAUAAUUCUUAACAAUAUUAUGUGUUAAAACAAUUUUUUACAGCAUUUAAAAGAAAUUGGACUUUUUUUUCAUAAAGGGAGCUAUACAAAAGUUUUGUAAUGGCCUCUGGUGUCUUUGCCUUAUGUUUAAAUGUACUGCUGCAUUUAUGGAAAAGUUGCCUGCAUGAGAUACUGUAGGAACAGUAUUGUUCCAGGUUAUUCCGUAUAUUUCCCAGUUUUUCUGACUCCUUUAUUCAAAUACUUGAAGAGAAAAGACCAUAAGAACUGGGACAGGUGCAACAGAAGUGUAACCAGGUGCAGCUUCCGCGUUUCAGAGGACUUUUGUAUACUUAACAAGGGCUCAAUUAUUGAAUAAGUGCUGAAAAGCAGGUAAGAGAGUGGCUGAGAUUAGCAAACAGCAAUUGGAGAAGUGAUCAAGGUUGUUGCCAGAUGCUAAUGCAUCCGUGUGGCGCAAGUCAGUGCUGAUGUCCCUGCAACUUCAGGGCUUUUCUCCCCUUCCUCCUUUUCCUCUUCCUUGGAAAGAGGAAGGAGGGUCUCAUCUGUCUCAGGAAGAGAGGGCAGCCCAGAGAGAACAAUAAUCCAAGGCUGAUGGUCAGGAGUGAGAAUUUAAAUUGGAAACCGGGAUAUCCAGAUGGGUGUAGAGGCCUCAAAUCAUGCUUGGAAAUCAGCUAAAUCAUGUUUAUAUUGUCGUGAGGAUUUUCAACACUUCCACUUGCAAACUGUUGUGUAGUUUUAAGAAGGGUAAUGCAUUAAUCUAUGAAUACAGAGCGGGGGGGAAAAGUAACUGUGAAAUUAACUGUUGUCCCGACGUCUUAUGAUGCUUUUGACAUCUACAUUUUUUUAAUAGAAGGAAUCUACUCUGGCUUUAAUGUUCAGUUCAAGUAUGUGUUUGGGGGCAAGUGUGUGACAGUUGAAGGCUUUUUGGGCAGGGACCGGAGUUUUCGUGCCUAUGGGCUAUUGUCUGUAGAUGCAUUGUGUGAACAGGGAGAGUCUGUUGUGACAGGAAAGGUGCUGGGAGGUGUGAUGCUCAGAGGAGGAAUUGCACUUGGGAUUUUUUUCCAGAGCAGGCUGUUAACUUUGGAUAGCUGGAGGUCUUUUGCAGAGCAGGAUUUAGCUUUUCUCCCUGGACCAACCUUCAUGCUGCUCCUCAGCUCAGUUUUACAACGCUAACACGCUUUUUAAAUGCUGGGGCUGUUGGAGAAGACGCCGGGCUACUGAUUUUUUUAUUUUUAAUAUUAUGGACUGGUGCUACUUAACUCUCACU